AUGUCUUUCGUUACCCAACUAGUUCCUGUCGCUACAGCGCUCACCACCAUUUCUCUCGGCUUAUAUACAACCAUCCUGCCCCAAUCCAAGCGACCAAAGUUCUUCGCGGCUCUCAUUAUAUUUGCAUGCCUGACGUGGCAUACGAGCAAAAAGCUGCCAUUCACACUGCAAUUCAUCAAUCAGUUCCUGGUUGCGAUCUUGUUCUAUCUAUGGCAUAUGUUCAACCUCCUCUUCAUCCAUGGAUACCAAAUUGAACCAUCAUCCAAUUCUGUCUCAAUCCUCAAAAAACUCCGGAAGGCAUACUACAUGAAUUCCAACGUUCGGUGGCUAGAUACCCCUCACGAAGUCCGCGAUAUUAUAGGAAGACCAACAAACCAGUUUAUCCUAAAGAAGUGGGAGGACAAGGGUGAAGCAGUCAAUAAACCACUCAUUACCACUUCUAGAAUUCAUUAUGUUCUUCGGAAAAUUGUGGAUCUCGUGUUAUUCCAUUUCUUGGAAAAACUUCUUAAAGACACUCUACAUCCCACUGUCACAGGCCACGAUUUCAUGACAAGCAGAACACAAUUCAUCCGAAGACUGCUGUUCCAACCGAACGAUCUUUAUCCAUACAAACCUGGCUCCAGGGAAUGUAUGAUAAGAGGGUAUUACUCACUUGUUUUCUUCUUGGGGGAUUAUGUACUCCUUCAUAAAGGACAUUCUCUCUUAGCCCUUGUCCACGUCGGACUAGGCAUCCACAGACCCGAGGAUUGGCCUAGGCUGUUCGGACCCUUCAGUGGAUUGA